CGGACAGGUUGAAACCGGUAAGGCCCCAAAAACGGAAACCACCAGAAGGAGAUCCAUAAUGUCUCCUCCCAACUCGCAGCUGCCCACACCCCACGCCAUUUUCCGUUCGUCAAUUACACCAGCCAUCCCACCCCCCUCCGGCCACCCAUUCCGUUUCCCUCUCGGCCUUCAAUGGCGUUCAGCAGGGUGUCCCUGACCCUGCUCCUUCUAGCCAUGGCCGUGGCGGCCAUGGCCCACACUGAGCCCACCGGCGUAGGCCUGGCCCUCUCGGACCUUGGUUUAGAGGAGCCUGCCUGCAGCGGCUCGGCCGGCGAAUGCCUGGACGAAGACGAAGAAGAAGACCAGAUGACAUCGGCACUGGAGUCUAACGGGCGCAUGCUGUAUGAUCCCCAGAACGGCUACAUGAACUUCAUUAGCUACGCCGCGCUGCGACGGAACAUGGUUCCCUGCUCCAUUCGCGGCCGCUCUUACUACGGCUGCCGGAGGAGCGGGCGGAGCAACCCCUACCGGCGGGGGUGCAGCAUGAUUACCCACUGUGCCAGGAUCCUCAACUAAUUCAUAAAUGCCAAAAGUUUGUGGGAGUUCGUUGAAUAAAAGAAGAGUUCAGAGGACACGCUCAUGUGGGUGGGUGGUUGGCUCUCUUUUUCCGUUAUUGCUGUAAUCUUUCUACCGUAAUUAUCUCUCCUUAGAAAGACUUUGGUUUUCCGCUGAAUAAAGGGAGGUGGGUGUUGCCACGGUGUCUUAAAAGGGGGGGUCCGUUUCUCUCGUUCGUCCUGUUAAGUUCCUUCUUGUUUGUUGAUUGUGAUCUGAUUAAUGUGGACAAAAAUUAUUUUAA